CAAGCUUAACUAAGGUUAUUACUUUUACAGAAACAUUUUACGAAGAAACAAGGGCAUUUGGUUUAGGGUUGGAGAGGAAGUGGUGAACAGGUGACAGGGGAAUGGAAUUUGGGAGAGUUAAUGGCGAGAAAAAUGCGAUUCGAUUCGAGAAUCCAUUUACUUUGAAGGUGGGUCAAGUGUUUACAGGUUUUGGGAUCGGUUGUGGAGUCGGCAUCGGCGUUGGGCGCCCUUUAAAUUUGGGGGCAAUUCCUAUGUUGAAUCAAGUAAUGAGUGCCACCAGGGGUGCGACCGAUGCGUUUUCUGGUGUUAGUAGGCAUGUUAAUACUUCUCUGAGGAAGUUGGGAGCUAAGAAUAUUGAAGUGGGUAUUGGAUGUGGAGUUGGUUUUGGUCACGGUUUUGGAGUUGGUCUUGCUGUGAAACCAGGGGUUUUGAAUCAAAUUCAAUCUUGUCUUGUAGAUGUAAUGACGAAGAUGGCGACAAAGUUGGGACUUAGUCCCAGUUUAGCCCUUAAUCAGGCUGCGUUUCCACCAUCGCAAAAUGCUGUAAGUACAGUCAAUACAAACCAAAGUUUUGCUGGAAGCAUGAUGCAGUUGGCAACUAAAUCAACUGAUCAAGCAUCUCAAGGUCUGGCAGGAUCCCUGCCUGUGCAAAUUGGUUCAGAUUUUGAAAAUACUCCAUUAAGAAGCACUGCAGUUGACUCUGCAUUUGGCAGCCGAACUGAGAAGGUUAUUAGCAACUUUCUGCAGAAUCCCCUAUUGAAGGGGGAAGGAGAAGGACUUGAUGAAGCAAUUGGACGUCUGCAGUCAGAAAGGAUAAUACUUCAAAUGGUUUUGAAACACCAGAAAAUCAUUGACGAACUUGUGGAAGAAAAUGAGAGACUGAGGCGUAUACUAAUAGAGGACCUGAAAGUACCAUCUAGCAAACUUGAAGCAAGUUCUUCAGGUAGAAAUAGAAAUACGGUGCCGUGUAGUGAAUGCUUUGAGUGCCGAAGAAAACAAAGAAAAAAGUAGGUUAGUAAUCAUAAUAGUAAAAUCAUAAAUUCUUGCAAGUGCCUCCCCUGCAUUUUUGGGUUUUCUUGGGUUUCUUGGGUUACGAAUUUUUGGAGAUCUCAAUUUAACGAGUUAGGAUGGAAUGGAACUUACAAAAUUAAAUCCUUAUUAUUAUUUAAAUAUUUAAU